CUUCUUUCGAUACAUGAAAUUCAAUUCUAAUAAUAAGUCUGGUGAUCUCUCUAAUGGCGUCUUCUUCUCUUGUGCGAAUCGCUGUUGUCGGAGACAUCCAUGGCUUCUGGAAUCUAGCUGAAGAUCAAAAGGCUCUUCAACUAUUACAGCCGGAUUUGGUGCUCUUCACAGGUGAUUUUGGUGAGGAAAACGUCUCACUUGUGCAGAGCGUUGCCCCUCUUCCUUUUCCUAAAGCAGUCAUAUUGGGUAAUCACGAUGCCUGGUUCACCCAAAAAUUCUCAAGGAAACAAAACGGUGUUCAAAUGCAACUCGAUAUCCUUGGGGACGAGCACGUAGGAUAUCGGCGCUUGGACUUCCCUUCACUGAAGCUCAGUAUUGUUGGUGGUCGACCCUUUUCACAUGGGGGAGAUCAAUUGUUUCGGAAAAAGCUGCUUGCCCAGAGGUAUGGAGUUCGUGAUAUGGAUGCCAGUGCUGAGAGUAUUUGUCGAGCUGCACAUGGAACACCAGAAGAUCAUGUGGCGAUCAUUCUUGCUCAUAAUGGGCCAACAGGUCUUGGCUCUCAAGCAGAGGAUAUAUGUGGAAAAGAUUGGGUGGAGGAAGGUGGUGACUAUGGUGAUCCAGAUCUAGAGCAGGCAAUAUCCCAGUUGAAGGAGACAACGAAGUUAGCGAUUCCUUUAGUUGUGUUUGGACACAUGCAUAAUGAGCUGCAAUCAGGGAAAGGAAAUCGGAAAAUGGUUGUGCAAGAUAGUGACAACCAAAUUCUUUAUGUGAACGGUGCAAUAGUUCCAAGGAUUAAAGGGGCAGAGGAAAAUUGUGAGGGAAAUAGUUGUAGAGGAGCAGAUGAGUCUGAGAAUGGUGGCACAACAAGAGCUUUCACACUGGUGGAGAUUUUUGAUGGAAAAAUCAAGAAAGUAGCAGAAACAUGGGUACAAGUUAACAGAGGUAUUGCCAUGAUUGUGGAGGAAAAGGCAUUGUUCGAGGAUGUAAACUGAUUUGAGUUUGGGCUGGUCAGUCAGUUUCCAUGCCGUUAGACUGGAGAUAAUAUAUAUUGGUAAUGAAUAUGCAAGGACAAGCCAUGAAAAGUUUAACUCUCACUAUCAAUGUUAUUAAUCACCAAUAACAGUAACAGUAUCAUUACCAGUAUAUGUCCUUUCUGAACGUAAGUUUCUUAUUA